CGUUGAGGGCUUUACGAGAAAAUUUGAAAUGCUAAAAUUGUUUAUGCUAUUAGUCUCAAUGUUUAUUUCAUUGCCCAGUAACGGAGGUAGCGAAACAACAUUAACUACUGCAACAAUACGUGCCAGUACAUCUGCUAAGCCAACGGUGAUCUAUCGAAGGAUUUAUAAUGAGCGCAAUAACACGAUUCACAGCAAAAAUAUAAUUCAUAACGCGAGAAGAAUUAAAAUUUUAGGUGGUCCGACUCUGUGGGAUUGGGAUAUUUGGUGUCAAUUACAGCCCAAAAAAGGAAAUUGUACUGAGAAUGUACUGAAAUAUUAUUAUAACGCGGAUUUAGAUCAGUGUUUAACGUUCGAAUACACUGGAUGUCAGGGUAAUUUAAAUAAAUUUCAUACGCAAGCAGAGUGCGAGGGGCGAUGUAAAGGAGCAUCUUUGAUGAUGAUCAGAGAAAGUGCUCCGAUCACAUAUUGUUCUCUACAAGUAAACGCUGGAUAUUGCUUGGGGCUGCUACGGAGAUAUUACUAUGAUGUUAACGAAGCAACAUGUAAAGAAUUCACGUACGGAGGCUGCGGCGGCAACCAAAAUAACUUUGAAACUAUGAGAAAGUGCUCGCGAGAGUGUCAGACUAACUUUGAGUGACUCGUUCACGUAUAGGAUACUUCUAACGUAGUUUAUC